AGGACACCCGGCGAGGAGCAGCUCGCGAGCACCGCUCCGCACGUACUCACAUGGGCCGUGUCCCCGUUUCCAAACACCGCCCCACCCUCUCUCUCUCUAUCUCUAUCUCGCUCUCUGAAACGCUGCCACCCUGCUUGCUGCUCUGUCCAAAGCUCUGUCCGACUCUCUCUCUCUAGCCCUCUCCCUCUCUCUCUCUUUCUCUCUCUUCGCGUGAAGUGAAAUCUGCGUGAAGUUGGUGAGACCCGGCAACGCACGCGAGGAGCCUAGCCGAUCCGAGCAACUGGGUAGCGGCCGGUUUCGCCUUCCGUCGAAGCUUUUCCGGCGAGUUCCGUGGGGGAGGGAGGGAAGGAAAUGGGGUGCGCGCAGUCGAAGAUCGACAACGAGGAGUCGGUGGCGCGCUGCAAGGAGCGGAGGAACUUCAUGAAGGACGCGGUGGCGGCGAGGAACGCCUUCGCGGCGGGGCACACCGGGUACGCCAUGGCCCUCAAGAACACCGGCGCCGCGCUCGGCGACUACGGCCACGGCGAGGCCGAGGAGAGCUUCGACCACGCCCUCCGCAGCCAGGCGGCGCCGCUGGAAGCCGCCCCGCCACCGCCCCCCCGCCCCGCCGCCGCCCCGCCGCCGCCGCCGCUGCCGCCGAUGGACACCCUCAUGCCGCCCCCUCCUCCUCCGCCGCCGAACUUCUCCCCCAGCUCGAGCCCGCUCAAGAGGGCCAGCAGCUUGCCGGAGCCGAGGCGGAACCCCAUCGCGAGGAAAGAGUCGGCCGCGAUUCCGGAGGAAGACGAGGUGGAAGACGAGGGCCGGGCCCGUGAGGAAGAAGAAGAAGAAGAAGAGGAGGAGGAGAAGAUGCAGAGUCUCCGGCGGCCGCCUCGUCCGCGGCCGAGGGCGAGAAAUACCGCCGCCGCUCCUCCGGGGAGUGCUCCGCUGAGCAAUGCCGUCCCGCCAGUGCCGGGUACGGAUGUGGCGUGGGAUUACUUCUUCAAUGUGGAGCUUCCAGCUUCGAGUCUGAACGAUGAAGAGGAGAUUGAUAACGGGAACGUCGAGAGCGAAGGCAUCGGAUUUGGAGAAAUGGGCAAUGGGCCAAAUGGAAAUGGGGUCAUGGAGGUCGAACCGAAGACGCCGGAGAAGGUGGUGGAGACGAAAGUAGCGGCGGCUGCGGCGGUGGAGGAGAGCGGCGUGAAGGAUGUGGGGAAUGUGCAGAUCCAGCAUUCGAGUACUGCUCCUGCUGAAUUAGGCCGGAAAGCGGGCAAGGCUGGAAAUGGGGUCAGUCUGAUGAAGGUGCUGAACGACAUUGACGAUCUGUUCCUCAAGGCUUCCGAGAGCGCACAGGAGGUCUCGAAAAUGCUCGAGGCAACACGGUUGCAUUACCACUCGAAUUUCGCCGACGCUCGGAGUCACAUCGAUCAUUCUGCAAGGGUCAUGCGUGUCAUCACAUGGAAUAAGUCAUUCAGAGGUGGCAUAUCCAAUGGUGACAGUGUUAAGGAUGACCUUGAUACAGAUGAAUAUGAAACUCAUGCCACAGUUUUGGAUAAGCUAUUAGCAUGGGAGAAAAAGCUCUACGAAGAAGUGAAGCAAGGUGAGCACAUGAAGCUAGAGUAUCAGAAAAAGGUGGCUUUGCUAAACAAGCAGAAGAAACGUGGUGCUAGUGGUGAAUCCCUGGAGAAAACAAAAGCAGCUGUAAGUCAUUUGCAUACGACAUACAUAGUUGACAUGCAGUCCAUGGAUUCAACUGCUUCAGAAAUAAACCACAUAAGGGACAAACAGCUGUACCCAAAGCUUGCGCAACUUGUCGAUGGGAUGGCGAAUAUGUGGGAAAUGCGCAUGCAUCAUGAUAAGCAGGAGUCUAUUGUUAGAGACCUGAUGUCCCUGGACAGCUCAAAUGCGCCCAAGGAAACAACUAAGCAUCACUAUGACCGCACAGACCAACUUCAUAAAUAUGUUCUUGAGUGGCAAUUACAAUUUGACAAGCUCAUUACCCAUCAGAAACAAUACAUCCAAGCUUUACACAGCUGGUUAAAGUUAAAUCUUAUUCCCAUUGAGAGUAGCCUUAAAGAAAAGAUCUCAUCUCCACCCAGGGCCCAGAAUCCUCCAAUCCAAGCUCUGAUAGUCUCGUGGCAUGACUACCUUGAAAAGCUUCCUGACGAGCUUGCUAAGUCUGCUAUUUUUGCAUUUGCUGCUGUAAUACACAACAUCAUAGCACAUCAGGAAGAGGAGAUGAAACUGAAAGACAAGUGUGAGGAGACUAGAAGAGAGUACUUGCGCAAGAAACAGGCAUUUGAGGAUUGGUACCAGAAAUACGAGCACCGAAGGGUGCCCGACGAAACUAGAACAGAAGAUGCAAACCAUCAUGACCCUGUGGUGAUAGAGCGGCAAGCGGUGGUCGAAAGCUUGUAUAAGAAGUUGGAAGAUGAUGUUGAAGCUCACCGAAGACUGUGUAUUCAGGUCAGAGAGAAGUCACUGGGGAAUCUCAAGAAUCGCUUGCCCGAGCUCUUCCGAGCUAUGGCAGCCUAUUCACAACACUGUGCAGAUGCUUAUGGAAAUUUGAGGUUCAUAACACAGUCGCAGAGAUCAAACGGGCCUGCCUCCUAGAAUGGUAACACCUGUUUCGUUGGGAGAAGUGUCUAAGAUCGUGAACUUUAGUAGGCGAUCAUCCUUAUUAUAUCGCUAUACACAUAUUUCCAUACAGCCUUGGUUGUUUUAAUCUGUUAAUAUCCACUCGUCACCUCCCACAUGAACAUGCACAUGCUCAGAUGGAUGGUGUGGUAAUUUUGAAGUGAACGCCCAGGUAUAUUAGUAUUUGCCGUCUUCAUGAGUUUAUUUGCGAAUAGCAAGCACGUAUGCUUAGAGUAUUCCGAAUGCCUUAGGCCUUUUUCAAGUUGAAGUUGGUGCGGUGCUCCAAAAUAUGCAUUGCAGUGUCCUCAUAUGGUCAUGAUGAAACUGAUUAUUCAUUAUUGUAGUGGUGUGUAUAAUCUUGGGGCAUUUGGGAAAUGAAGUUGCAUGACAGAAAAGGCCAGGCAAGAGUACUCCUCAUGCAGUCCUUACAAAGUGACAAGGAUCACCAAGUAUCCCAAAAGCCUAGACCUAUAGCUCCUAACCACGUGCCUCCAUACCUUAGGCCCUGUACAGUUAGGAAUCUAAUCAAUUCUGGAAUGACUCUUUGUACGUCAGUAAUGUUUUCUUGCCUUGAGAAAUCAGAAACCAAUGGGUGUACCCAUUUGGAAGUUGUUCUUUGGUGUAAUCUCUGACACUCGAAAAAGCAUCAGAAAACCAAGAUGAGAAGGAACGUUUCUAAUUGGAAAAUUGGAACAGUUCUUGUUCAGUUAGGGGGAUUAAUCAAAUCCAAAAGCAAAGGUUACUACUUUCGGUUCAUUUCGUUCAGGCGAGGCACUUCAGGGAUUGAUUUCUACAGCACCUUUAGUGGCCAAUGAAGAGAAAAUUACCUUUCCUUCUCUGGUGGAUGAUGGGCAUCAAGAACUGGCGGGAGCCAAGGAUGGAGGUCAUCCACUUGGGGAGGAACGGCAACAGCAACGACAGCAACAAGCCUAGUCAUGGUCAGCAUGAGAAAAUACAUCAAGGGUGGCAACGAUUUUGGAGAAGAUUCAAGAGGGACAAGAAGGUCUCCAGUUCUAUUAACAACAACAAAAUCAAGGGUUCUUAUGAUCCUGAUGAAUACUCUCAGAAUUUCGAUGAAGGAAUCGAUUGUGCUGAGCCCGAUAAUCUCUCUCGGUCAUUCUCCGCUCGGUUCGCCGAUCCGUGGUGGAGGAUCGAUCCGAAGAAGAUAAUGUUGGUAGAUAUGGAUUGAGGUUGUUCAAAUGGGUCAAUUAGCUUAGCUGCUGUGUAUGUAACCUUGUUUGCAGGAUUGGGUCUUGAGUCCCUCUCCAACUGUAUUAUAAUUCAUGCAAAGGGUUUGGCUAUUCUUUUC